AUGUGUGUACCAUCAAUUCCACAAGGAUUUGAAGACAAUGUGAGAAAAACCAAUUUGGAUUUGGCCUACAUUCUCCCCAAUGUUGCUGCAUGUUCAGCUCCCACUGAUAAGCAGGUUAAGAAACUCUACCAGAACAGCUUGACUACACUGUGUCAAACUCUUAGUGUCAAUCAUGGAGAACAAAAUUGGACGAUUCUCAAUCUUCGUACCGAGAAAAUAGGCUACGAUCCUAAGAUAAUAGAGGCAAACGGUGGCAAUUUUCAAUAUAGACCUUUUCUAGAUAACAAUGCCAUACCAUUGGAUCAAUUGAUUAAAGUCAUCAAGGAAAUCGAUCAAUAUUUGUCUGCAAACGGUCGCAGAGCAGUGAUUAUUCAUUAUCGCCAUGGAAAAGGACGUACCGGUUCUAUUAUCGUGGGUUACAUCAUGUAUAAAUAUAACCUCAACUUCGGUGAUGCUAAUGAACUUUUCAUUAAGAGAAGAAAGAUCUAUAAACAUGGAGUCUCUGUUCCAUCCCAAGUUCGGUACCUUGAAUACUACCAACUGUAUAUUCAAUCAGAGAAUGUUAGACUGAAAUAUGAUCAACUGACUAUGCAUAAUCCUACCAUUACCGUAACAAAACUCGUUAUACAUGGCCUCAAGUGGAAUAGAAAGUUAGAGACAUUUCUUAUAAGUUGUCAAACCUUCGGUGAUGACGGUUCAAAGUUGGUAAAUAAGCUGGAUUUAUAUGAUAGAACAGCGUUAGUCCAGUCAAUGGGCUCCGAUUUGGUUCUAAUACCGAGAACUCCAUUGCAAAUUACUGAUCAACUAGACAUCUCUUUCCAAUUUACUAUGACCAUUAAGUCAAUUACAGUAUUUAUGCUCUGGUUCUGGAUCAAUGUAGGUAUUAACCCUUCCUCUCUAAAUGUUACCAUCCCUUGGAAUCGAAUGGAUGGUUAUAGAGGUUCACAAAGAAAGGGGCUUAAACUUUUUGAAUCCGUGCAGAUCCUGCUCAGUCUGUCUUAA